GGUAGGGAGGAAGGAGAUCGUGGAGGGGUUGGGAACUUCUCACUUACCGUUCACACAGGCGCGCUCACGGACGCACGCACACACGCGGCGGACACUUGCUUCAGUCGCUCUCGAGGAACGACUCUGGUGACACACACACGCGAACCAGCGGAGCUGAGGAGGCUGAGCGACACAGCCUGGUGAAGAAGAUUGCGUCAUUCAUGAACCAGGCAAUCAACACCAGUAGACUUGUAUUCUGUUGAAGGGAAACUUGUGACGCCAUUUAAUAGUGACAAUUCCUGGAACGUUGAGCGAAGCUGUUUGAGUGCGUAGUUUGAGAAGUGUUUGGAUCAUUUGGGAAAAAAAGAGGAGUAGAAGGUGGAGGUGGUGGAGCAGUGGUUUGUGAAGGUGAAGGAGUGCCAGGAUGCUGUCUGUGAUGAGCAUGAUGGAAGGGGGUCACCUGCAUGAGGAAGAAGAAGAGGAAGAAGAGGAGGAUCCUCAGCUGGAGGAGGAGGAGGAGCACGGCCACGAUGGACUCCAGCUCUCCAAGGCAGAACUCAGGAAGAGCAAUAAGCCGAUCAUGGAGAAGCGGCGACGAGCGAGAAUCAACACGUGUCUCAAUGAACUCAAGACUCUUAUUCUUGACGCCAUGAGAAAAGACCCCGCCCGCCACAGUAAGCUGGAGAAGGCUGACAUCCUGGAGAUGACCGUGAAGCACCUACAGGCAGUGCAGCGGCAGCAGUUAGCCAUGGCCGUAGCACACGAUCCCGCCGUCCUCACUAAGUUUCGAAGCGGCUUCACGGAGUGUGCCCAGGAGGUCACAAGGUACGUGUCGAGGAUCGAGGUGGAAGGCGGCGUGCGGCAGCGGCUGCUGCAGCACCUGGGCCAAUGUGUGUCUGGACUGUCCACCAUGACGCCCAUGUCCUUCACGGCAAUGGCGGGUCUACCCAUGCCUCUCACCCACCUCCAGGGCGGUGCUCUUCCACCAGGGCCUCCUCCUCCCUUGCAGCAAAGACCUGGAGAUGUCAAUAACAACCAGGCCAGGCUGUUGCACGGCCUUGUUGCUGCCAGGCUUGCUGCCGCCGGAGACGCUGCAGGUGCGGCACUUCUUCUCCAUGGUGGUUUGUCCCUUCUUGCCCAUGCCUCUCCCCACCCGGUACCCCCAACCUCACAACCUAGCGCACCGCCCCCUCAAGGAACAACUACAGUUUCCUCGCCUCAAGGUGCACUUCAGCCUUCCCAGGUGCUACAGCCCGCCGCCGUGAAAGUAAAUGAUGGGGCGUCUUCUUCGGGUGAGAGACCAACACGUCCAUCUGCCUUUACUGCUGUGAGGAGAGUAGGAUCCCCUACACGGGCGCCGCUGGAGGUAUACACUCACCGUCAAGACUCCACCAGCUCAGGCGCCACGCAAAAGGUGUUGGCGCCCACGGCCAGGCGGUACAUUGGCUUGCCGGAGCCACACGCUGAGACAGUGGUGCGUGCACAGGUCGCGGUCCAGCCUGUCAAUUUGGCCUUGUCUGCGCCGCGGGACACAGACGCACGGGCACCGCUUGACUUCUCUUUUAGAAAACCUCCGUUAAACAGAGUGGUCCCGCCCCACUCCACCGGCCCCGCACAACCCCAACACACAGGAGCCACGCCUUCCCAACACACAAUAUCCUCCCAAGCCAUCACACACAAGGACGCGCCCCACCUCCCGUCUCCUAAGUAUGUACCAGCCCUGGCCCUCUGCACGUCAUUCCGCCAGACUCAGACCGAAGCGAGUUCGCAACAAAAGCCAGACAUAAUCACCAUCAAACGACCGCUAGAGGAACAAGACACAACCUGCACCAGACCCUCAAAGAUAGCCAAGACUGACUACUCUCCCUCCCCGGGCCAUCCGCCACUCAGCCUGCACCUCACACCCCCCAGUCAAUCCACAGACGCCUCGCACACUUCUCCUCCCUUGCAUGCUUCCCCGCCCUCCCAGAGAACACCCCCGUCGCAUCUUACGCCUCCAUCCCACACCACCCCGCCCUCUCAUAUGGGUUCCUCCCUUCACCUCACACCACCUUCACACACCACGUCCUCCACGCACCUUACGCCGCCAUCCACUACCUCGCCGCAGUCCCAGGUAUCGUCAGGUGUUUCUCCGGGAUCACACGCCUCCCCGGGACCCUCGCCGACGAGCCAAACGACUCCCAGGAAAGUAAAAUCGGAGGGCAGUUCUUCCCCAGACAGACCUUCGACUUCAGCAUCGCAGGAGGACAAGGACAUGUGGAGGCCCUGGUAACGGGAGGAAUAAGCUCACACACACACACACACACACACACACACACAAGACCCGGUAGCUCAGUGGUUAGAGCACUGGCUUCACAAGCCAGAGGACCGGGGUUCAAUUCCCCGGCCGGGUGGAGAUAU